UAAAGCAGCGCGCAUAGGAAACCACUUCCGGAAAGGUGAAGCUGCGGUUACCCGGCUGUAACAUGGAUGCUGCAAGCGAAAGCGAAGAGCCGGUUUGUGGGGAAGUGGUGUCCGUGGCCCACGCUCUUUCCCUCCCAGCCGAGUCGUACGGCAAUGACCCUGAUAUUGAGAUGGCGUGGGCCAUUCGAGCAAUGCAGCAUGCCGAAGUCUAUUACAAACUGAUUUCAUCAGUUGACCCACAGUUCCUGAAACUCACCAAAGUAGAUGACCAAAUCUACUCUGAGUUCCGUGAAAAUUUUGAGAAGCUCAGAGUAGAUGUAUUGGACCCAGAAGAACUCAAAUCAGAAUCAGCUAAAGAGAAAUGGAGGCCAUUCUGCUUAAAAUUUGAAGGUAUUGUGGAAGACUACAACUAUGGUACUUUGUUGCGACUCGAUUGUUCUCAGGGCUAUACUGAAGAGAACACCAUCUUUGCACCCAGGAUUCAAUUUUUUGCAAUUGAAAUUGCUCGGAACCGGGAAGGCUAUAACAAAGCAGUUUCCGGCAGUGUUCAGGACAAAGAAGGAGAGAAAGGAACUAACAAUGAAGAAGAGGAAGAUGAGAAAGGAGCUGAUAGUGGAGGAGAAAAAGAGGAAGGAGUCAACACAGAAAAUUAAAACAAAACAAAACAAAAAACUAACCAGGGAGGAGGAAAAGAAAGCCAAGAAACAUGUGACUCAGCUGAACCCACAAGUAUCAGGUGCUCCUUGCACAGACCCCUUGUGCACAUGGGAGGACUCAGAAGGACAUUUUUCUAGCAAAUAAGAGAAACUGCUCUGGGCAUAAUAGCCUAAACACAAUUAGCAGAGUCUCUUAGUUAAUUGUUGAUUCAUACCCUAUUUCUUGACUGUAACUUGUUGAAGUAAGACAUUUUGUAAAUAUAUUCCUUUUGGUUUGUAUUAUUUAUGACUGAUUUUGGAAAAUAUUUACAUUUCUUUGCUACUUCAAAAAAUCAGUUGUAUAAUCUCAUCACCAUAUCUCAUAUAAAACUGUCUAUUUUUUAAGUUUUCUCACUGUUCUCAGUAAUGGAAUUCGCUUAAUGUGUUAGCUCCUACUUGGAAUCGGUAUUAGAAGUUCAUAUGUAAAAAUUGACUCUUAGCCAGGCCUAGUGGCUCAUACCUGUAAUUCCAACACUUGGGAAACCAAGGAAAGAGAAUUGCAUGAUUUUUAAGCCAGCCUAAGUCAUAGAGUGAGACUCUGUCUCAAAAAAUAAAUUGUUUAAAAAAGAA